AAUUGCUUAUAAUGAUACUCCAAAUAUCCUGUUGAUUUUAGCCAACAAUGGAUCCCAACAAGUGUGCACAAGAUGCCUUGCUAUGUGCUCUCUGUAAAGAGAAUGCCGACGUACAGAUGCUUUGUACCGUGUGUUCCAUGUACAUGUGCAAAGAAUGCGUUGGAGAACACUUAUCUGAUUCUACAUAUCACCAGGUGAUUAAUUUUAAGCAUAGAAAUGAUAUUCUGAAAUAUCCAGAAUGUAAAUUACAUGAAAAAUAUUCAUGCGAAAUGCUUUGCAAAGACUGUGAUGUUUAUGUGUGCUCUAAAUGUAUUUUAUCUGAUAUUCAUGGGAGACACAAGUUUUUGGAUGUGCAAGAUGCUUUCAAGUACAAAGCAGCCAUCUUGAUGAAUGAUACUUUUUACUUGAAAGAAAAAAUCCGACCAGCUUACAAAAUAAUAGUAAUGGAAAUGAAAGAGGAAAUGCACACAGUUGCUAAACAAUAUGAGAAGUUCUCACAAGCAACCACUGAUUAUGGUGAAGUUUGGCAUGAAAUUGUUAAUCAGUGCACCAACCAAUUGAAAGAAAAACUUGAAAAAUACAAAGAACAGCAUUUGAAUGUUUUGAAAAAAGAAAUGGAGAAAAUACAGCAAGUUUUGUCUCAUAUUAAUCAUAAUAUUGAAGAAAAUAAUGAAAUAUUGAAUUGUGGAGAUGUUGCCAAAUCUCUCUCAUACAAGUCUGCUUUGAAACAAUUUGACAAAAUGCCCCCUAAAAUCACUGCAACACUUUCAAAAUUUCAACUCAUGAAAAUUGAUAAAGAAAACUUCUAUGAACAGUUUGGUUGUUUAGGUGAAAUAACUUUUGGAAAAGAAGAGCGUGGGUGUAUUUUAAGUUUAAAAGCUGAAAUAUCCCUGUCACACGAAAGACCAAAAGUUUCUGCAGUACAUGUAUUCAACACAGGACAUCCAAAACUUAGAAGUAUUGCUUAUUUUAGUGAAAAGGAAAUUUGGACUUGUGGACGAUCUAGUGAAUUAAAAUGCUUCGAUGUCAAAGGUCAACUCAAAGAAUGUCUACGAACAAAAUCAAAAGAACCCCCAAAUGACAUAACAGUUACCAAAUAUGGGCAUCUUAUCUAUUGUGAUAACGGGGGAACCAUAAACUUUUUAAAGAAUGGCCAGUUUGAAGAGGUAAUCAAAUUGAUUGAUUGGACACCAAAACACCUUUGUUUGACAUCAAGUGAUGAUCUAUUAAUCAUGAUGUACAGUCAUGAUUUUACACACACAAGAGUUGUCCGCUAUGCCAAUUUCAAAGAGGUUCAAACCAUCCAAUUUGACCACAAUAAAAAUCCUCUGUAUUCUGAAAAUGUCUCUACCAAAUACAUUUGUGAAAACAGAAAUCGUGACAUUUGUGUAUCAGACAGUCGUCUGGGUAGCGUGGUUGUGGUUAACAAGGCCGGGAAGCUCCGAUUCAAAUACUGUGGAAAUUCUUCCUCGGACACAGAGAAACCAUUUAUUCCUUUUGGAAUUUGUGUGAACAGCUAUUAUCACAUUUUAAUUGCAGACUGCAACAACAACAGUAUCCACAUCAUAGACCAUGAUGGGAAGUUUCUCUACCAAAUAGACAACUGUGGUUUAGAGAACCCUUGUGGGAUAUGUUUGGACAAAAAUGAACAUUUACUUAUUGCCGAACAAUAUAGUGGAAAUCUGAAAAAAAUCUUAUUCUAAAUUACAUGUACCCAGUAUUACUGCUAAACAGUAUGAAAAAUUUAUCAAACUCAGGAGAGGUGAUGGCUACAUGACAAAAUCAUGAGAAGCAUGGACACUGCUUGAAUUUACUUCUAUAAAAUACCAGUACUCUAAAGAACAUUGCAAUAUUUACUCAAAAUAGGCCAUCAAAUGCAUAAAAAUCUAGUUACGGUAAUCUGCUUGUUAUUAUAAUAAAUGUACCGGAACAAUUCCAGUGCUGUGGUCUAUGAAACAUAAACUCCUCACUAAAAAUAAAUUUUGACUGAGUAUUAAAAGUAUCAAUGUUAUAUAAUAUGGAAUAUACGUUGUAGCAAAUUGAGAAUGCAGAUUAAAUUAACCUACUUUUAAGUUGACACAUACACUCAAGGUUCAAAAAUCAAACAAUUGACAAUAUUUGAUGAUUUUAAGCAUUCUCAUUAAAAAAUAAUUUAAUCUUAAAGGUAAAAGGUAAAGGCAGGGGUUUAUAGUCUUGCUCCCAAAGUACAUUGCCUCGCAUGACUUCUACAUAUUACCCCCUGCCGAGACCCAUACAAUCCAUAGCAUCCUCAACUCCUUGGAAAGCAUACAAGCAGAGCUGCGAAAUUACGGCGCUAAUGCUUUACAUUCACAUAGCCAGCUUGUCUCAUGUGCCAUGUACCCAUUUUAACCCCUGGGUGGAGAGAGUGCACUAGUAGAGUAAAGUAACUUGCCCAAGGUUACAAUGUUACUGCGAUAGCGACAGACCAGGCUCGAACCCGGGGAUACCCUGUCCAAACCAGUUGAUGCUAUCAAAUGCGCCAACACCUCUACAAUAAAUACUCAAAAAUCUUAAAUACUUAAAAAAUAAACAACAAUCAAACAAGAAAGGAAUUAAUUGUAACAUUUUUUUUAAUUGUUAGACCUAGCGAUCCUAAGAUGCAUCAACUGACAAGUUUGAUGAGGAUCCUAGGCCUCAUCUUGCCUAAGACAUGCAUUUAAAACAACUUGAAGAAAAGCUGCACAUUACAAAAGAAAUAGGUCACAUAGACCUAUGGUACUGUUGGAUUAACCUAUCUUCAAGUCCCAAGAAGUAUCUACUGACAGGAUUUGAUGAUCCUUGCAUGUCCAUAUACAAUAGAGGGCAAAAUAUUAUAGAUUUAACAAAUACCAGUUACAAUCAAUUUUGAAUUUACUUUGAUAACAGGCCCUUUGCCCUACGGUGAUGCCCUCAUCAUUAUGUGUAAGUUUAGUGUUUUUCAAGAUUUUUUAACAACUAUUCCGUUUGGUGUUUUUUCUUUCUAAUAAUGUUCCUAUAUUCAUACUUUAAGACAAUUUAUAGCCUUUGAGUCAAGGAUAUUUGACAAAUUUGGCUGAGGGGUUCUUGAGACAUGACCCACUUUUGAAAAAGUUUAAGGAUACCGGUAUCACAUACCACACAACUGGACAAAACAUUCUUGAGCCUUCCACAGAGCAAAUUGAACUCUGAUAACAUUAUACAUUGUUAUACAUAACAAUUUAUGGUACAGCUGUACAAUUCUUUGUGUAUUGUGGUACCUAGAAACACUAUAAAAUCUUAUUACACUCCUGCCAUUUAAAGUACUGACAAGUUUAAAUCAACACAGAGCCAUAUAUAUUAAACAUACUACAUGCCUCUAGAGGAGAUAAGAAACAAUGUUACAGAAAUAUGCCAAUAAACUUAACACAAAACAUCCUGGGAGAUUAUUCCAGAUUUAUAAAUUAUCUCCAAUAAAUACACACUGACUGCUAAACAAGAGGCCCAGGCGCCAAAAUCAAAAUAUCUUGACAACUAAGGACAGUAAAUCUUGCUAAAAAAAAUUUAAAAUCUGCCAAUUUUUAUCCACAUUUUUUCUGGGUAAAUACCAAGCCGCUUUCAUAGUUGUAUCUGUAAGAAGAUUUUUCUCUAUUCCUAUCUCCCCCCCCCCAUUUUGUGGCCCCACUUUUCACUAGGGAAUCAUGCAUGGUUUUAUCAAACUUUAAUUUGCAAAACCUGUGCUUUCACACAAGUUACUGCUUUUUGGACUGAAAACUUACCCAGAAUAUUUUUAAAGAUUUUCUCUCAAUAUUAUAUUCCUAUGUAAAAAUUCAUCCUGCCAUUCCGGCCCCGCUCUUCCCCCUGGAACUAUGAUUUAACUUAAAUCUAUACUAUCUGAGGAUGCUUCCACUCAACUUUGGGCUCUCCUGGCCUAAUAGUUUUUGAGAAGAUUUUUAAAGAUUUUCUCUAUAUAUUCCUAUGUAAAAAUUCAUUUCCCCAUUGUGGCCCCGCCCUACUCCCAGGGACCAUGAUUUGAUCAAACUAGAAUCUGCACUACCUGAGGAUGCUUCCAUUCUAAUUUGAGCUUUUUGGGCUAAAUAGUUUUUGAGAAGAAUUAAAUAUUCUCUCUAUAUAUUCCUAUGUAAAACUUGAUCCCCCUAUUGUGGCCCCACCCUACCCCGGGGACCAUGAUUUGAUUAAACUUAAAUCUACACUACCUGAGGAUGCUUUCAUACAAGUUACAGCUUUUCUGGCCUAAUAGUUUAUGAGAAGAAGAUUUUUGAAAAAUACCAACAAAUUUUCAAUAAUUCUAAAUUAUCUCCCCUUUAAAGAAGGCGUGGCCCUUCAUUUGAACAAACUUGAAUCCCCUUCACCCAGUGAUGCUGUGUGCCAAGUUUGGCUGAAAUCUGCCCAGUGGUUCUGGGAAGAAGACGAAAAAUAAAAGUUUAUAACGACAACGACGACAGAAAGCGGACAAAGGACUAUGUGCGGUUUUAUGCUUUUUUGCCCCCAAAAUUCAAGUUUUAUAAAGCGCUUCAAAAAUAAGGGUGAAGAUAGUUAGAAUCUUAUUAGAAAUAAGGGUGCAAAAGGUUAUCACCACAGUGACGUCAUAAUGUAGAAAUGACACCAUGAAUAUUGCCUAAUUUUGAUAAAUUGAUGUUUUGAAGCAAAAUAUGGGUGUUUUCCGAUGGUUUUUCGACUGGGAAACAUUGAGCGCAGGCUUGCUCAAGUACCAUUUUUUAGUAUAAUGUGUAUAAUUAUCUGAAGAAAAACAUAUGUUAAAAUCUUACUUGAGCAGGCCUGCGCUCUAUACUUCCGAAUUCAAAAUUUAAAGCAAAAAUGAGAAUAUUUUCAUCAGUUUGCAAAUUUGCGGGAAUAAGGUUAUAAAGUUGACGUCAUAGAUAAAUAGCCAAUGAGCAAUGGUGGUUAAAAUCAAGAUUAAAGUGAUAGGCGUCCACUGUACAAUGAUUUAUGAAGAUUUUAUUUUUAUACAACACUAUUUAAAAAUUGGUUAAAAUUGGGGGCAGAUAUUAGACCAUACUGCACAUAGUCCUUUUGAUUAGAAAAGCUCACUUGAGCUUUCCGCUCAGGUGAGCUAAAAACUGCAAAUAAAUUACCAGCUUGAUGCAAUAAAUAACUGGUAUCAAGUAGAGCACAUUCACUGAAAAAGUCUACUGAAAAC